UCCAUAUAUUCAAUUUUAAUCAUACAUACAAAGUGAUUUUCGGCAAUUAAAACCGUAUCAAUAACUUGAGGCUACAUACAAACCUUUCCACUGCACUUUGGAACCCAGGAUCACGACUAAGAAAUUUCUUAUUUUCUAUUCAUUAAGAAAUUUAUGUAAUUUAUUUAUCCUUGCUCCUUUGAUGUCUGGACAGCUAAAAGAGCUGUCGCAAUUUUUAUUACAAGUUUAUUAGCCUGGACAUAUUGAAUGGGUUGAUUGAGUAAACGGAGCUUGCAUACGUGACUACCUCAAUAUUAUUUGGCCUUGCACUGAUUACAAGUUGAAUAAAAUAAGUAGGCAGAUUUAUUUAUGUGUAAGACAGAUUAAGUAAAGUACCAUGGCAACCGUCAUGAUUCUGAACCAUGCCAGUUAUGACACAGAUUGCUUUCUCUUAUCAGUAAUCCGUGAAAUGCUCAAGACAUAGCAAUCCAAAGUUUUUCGCUCGUAACCACAUCAAAUAUUAAAUAACUUCAGAAAUUAGUCAUAUAUCUACUUCAACCAGGAAAAUAUUGCGGACAGACUUUUAAUUACCUUAAAAACCCACUUGGAGCGCCACUGCUGAGGUUGUUUGGAAACCACACCUUGAAUCAUGAGACAGCAUAUUAUUUUCCACUCAGGCGUGGUUUAAAAAAAUAGGAUUGUUUAUUUCUAUUUGUGUAUUUCACAAAUAAUUUUAAUAAUUAAAUUAAUUAUAACCGUAACUGUUGUUCCCUUUGAAUAGGCGGUCACAAUGUCUGCGGCAAAUGCGGAGCUCCUUUUCCGGAUGACAACCAACGACGAGUAUUGGGUCGAGAUUGUGCAGCGAACGAGUGGCAAAUUGCCAUACACUUCGAUCGGCGACUCAGUGUCUAGGGUUAUCGGGAACGAGCCAUGGCUUCGGUUUGGGGUGUUGCAUAACUUCAAUGGACAAAAAUACACAAUUGGUCAGGCAUUUGAGAGUCGCGAGACGCAAGGGGAGUACUUAUUUUGUUUCGGCCCGGGCGUUUCUAAAGGAUCCCAUUGUGAAAUUGUAUGCUUUAAUGGCUCAUAUUACAUUCAGAACGUGAAGCCCCUUCAAAAUGAAACAUGCGAAACUUUCAUCAAUGGCACGAAGCUUGUGAGACGACAAGAGCUUCAAUUUGGAGAUCUCAUUUCACUCGGAGUCCAAUUCCCUGAUGAAUGCAGAAACAUCACAGAAUUAAAAGAAUACCAAAAUAAUGCAAGAGCUGUAUUUUGGUUCAUGGAAGUACAACCUCACUCUGAAUAUAGCCGAUUACCCAUUCAAGGUUGGUUUUGGGAUUGGAAAAGAUACACGCCAUAUGAAAAGGCUCGUGCUAAUUGGUUGGCAGGGCAGAAAGUAAACCAAUUUUUGCCAACAUUUACUAGAAAAUCUAUUACCCCGCCCAACGCAAUGGAAAUAUUUCAAGAAAAUGAGGGACAUUAUGGUCAGGCUGGAUGGAACACGUUGGAUUCACUGGCAUUAUCCAUGAUCUUUGACUACCUUCAGUCUCCACGUGAUGUUGGAAAUUGCCGUCUAGUUUGUUCCAGCUGGAAAGAAGAAUCUACCAAACGUUUCAACAAAGUUGCGCAGAUAAACUUUAGUCUUUCCGACAACUUUCCAUCUUUGCGAAAUCGCCUGUCCCACUAUAUGCUGGAAAAGCAAACAGAUGAAUCUUGUACAUCCCCGGAAACAAUACUUAUCUCAUGUUCCCUCUGCCUAUGUUCUGAAGAAUGUCCAGUGCACACUAAGCACAUAUCUGAAACUUGGCAACGCAGUCCGGGGGGAAAAUUUUUCUCCGACAUUGAAACCUAUCUUAAGCAGGGAUUCGUAAAGCCAGGCACAAAAAUUAGGCUUAGAAUCGAAAACGAAAUAAUAUGUGAGGCGGGAUGGGAAAGACUCAAAAACGUAAUGAAAUUAGGAUCUCAAUUCAUAGAACAAUUAGAUAUUUGCGUAGACGAAGACUUGAUAGUUAUAAAAAGAGUCGAAGUUCCACAAACUAUUAAAAAAUUCUCUACCUUAAAAAGUUUAGAUCUUAAAUUUCUUCAUAGUACCACAUUUAUUCAAAGGCGCCCUAAUUUCAACCCGAUUGAAGAAACUGCAAUGAAAGACUGGAUAAAUUCUUUCAUAGUUAGGGCACCUUUUUUGGAAUCAUUAAGUAUAGACAUUCAACGAGCAGUUGGUUAUUUCUGACUGAAAUUGUACUUGGAGGAUUGUCAUUUCUGAAUUCCCUCAAACUAUAUCGAUAUUCUCAUUUAGAGUUGAGAAUUUUGAAAAGGUUUGAUCGAAAAUUAGAAAUUUUGACAUUACUUAACUAUAUUGAAGAGGAUGAUCUCGUUUUCAAUAUACCACCGACCGAAUCGGUUUCAUUGCUGUCGGACAUAAUCGAAAAGUUUUCCCCAAGUUUAAAAUUAUUGGAAUUAGGAUUACCAAGCGGUGUCCACGGGUAUAUUGAACUGGCAAUAUUUCCCAAAUUAAAAGUUUUUAAAAUUAAUGACGAUUCCUUCCCUAAUAUAAAAUUUCCCGGUGUAGGAAUAAAUUAUAAUAGAUAUUUUCCUAAAUUAGAAGAGUUGGAAGUAUUUCUGGGGUUCUUGGAAUCCAGCGACGCCGGAUUUCUAUCAUAUCUUGAAAUAUUCAUUCCUCAAAAUGACUUUGAAGUUUGUGGAACUCUGCUUAAGUUGAAGUUCCCACUUUUAGAAAUUAUAAACAAAAGGGCUUCUUCAAGAGAUCGAGCAAGAAAAUGGUGGUAUGAGCUGGAUAUAUACUCCCCAACGGAAAUGGAAGAUCGAAACAUCUUGGCUCGAAUUUCAAAACUCUUCCCAAACGUUAGAAACAGCUAUUUGGAAAAGGUGAGGAGUCAUGAAAAGGAAGAACAAUUAUUAUCGACAAUACAAAAUCAUGGUUCAACCAUUCCAAUCGUUCCCGCUGUAAGAAACCGGUGUACAUAGCUUUACAAUCUUGAAUUACAUUUAAGUAUUAAUGUGCCAAUCAUAUAAUGAACGAUACAGAAAAUUACUGAUAUUUUAAUAAAUGAGCUAAAUAUGAAA